CGUAGACUUUGUGGACUUUUCUGUUUUUCUCCCUUUUCUUUAUGAGAGCUUAGGUUGAAUGAUAAAAGUCCUCAGAGAAUACAGGUUACAGUCAAACAUUGCUGAGAAGAAGAAACGCUUAAAGCAUUUACAUUAACGAAAUACAUAAUCUCUUUACUCUGUUUCUCAGCUGUUUCUUUCUCUAUGUUUAAAUAUAAUCUCAAAUUGGAUGCUGUGUUUGCGUAUCUAAUCAGGUGAGAGGUGUGUAGUCAGUCAGUCUUAGGUAGAACCAAGCACCACCACCAGCACCUCCUCCUUCUUCUUCUUUAAUUUAUUCUUCUCUGCAGCAGCCAUCUUCAACCAACACACCAACCAAUUUUCAACAAAAACUAUCUGACUUCACUUGGAUUAUCCAUUCACUCCUUUCUCUCAUCAUACAAAGCUGCUUCUUCUGCUGGUUCUCUGGGUAAUUCAUUUGCUCCUUUCUCUCUAUCGAGUACUUGUUAAUUUUUUGUAAAAGGUUUUGUUAGAUCUCAUCGAAGCGAUUCUCACUAUCAAAUAUCCAGGGGUGAUACGUUGUACAACUAUGUCUUGUUUCUCUUUCCUUUCUCGGAGGGCUUCAAGGCUCCCUAGACAUCCUGCUGAAGUUGAUGAAGAGCUAUCAAGUGCUUAUAAUAUUCAUAUAUACACUUACAAAGAAUUGAGAAAUGCCACCGAUGAUUUUAGUCCAUCUAAUAAAAUUGGGGAGGGAGGUUUUGGUUCUGUCUAUAAGGGUAGACUUAAAGGGGGUGUAUUUGCUGCUAUAAAAGUACUAUCAGCAGGAUCAAAGCAAGGGGUUAGAGAGUUCCUGACAGAGAUUAAUGUGAUCUCAUCUGUUGAGCAUGAAAACUUGGUUCAACUAUAUGGUUGCUGCGUGGAAGGCGACCAUAGAAUAUUGGUGUAUAAUUAUGUUGAGAACAACAGCCUCUCACAAACUCUCUUAGGUUGCGGACACAGUAGCUUACAGUUUAGUUGGAGAACGCGAACUAAAAUUUGUAUAGGCAUUGCUCGUGGGCUUGCUUUCCUUCAUGAGGAAGUUCGCCCGCAUAUCAUUCAUAGAGAUAUCAAAGCAAGUAAUAUCCUUCUAGAUAAAGACCUCAGCCCCAAAAUUGCUGAUUUUGGUCUUGCAAAGCUCAUGCCUCCCAAUGCCACUCAUGUUAGCACACGCGUUGCAGGAACAAUAGGCUAUUUGGCACCAGAGUAUGCAAUUCGAGGACAGGUGACACGAAAAGCAGAUAUUUACAGUUUUGGUGUUCUCAUGUUGGAAAUUGUCAGUGGCAGAUGUAACAGAAACUCAAAAUUACCUAUUGGAGAGCAAGAUCUUCUUGAAAGGACAUGGGGACUUUAUGAAAGGGCUGAGCUAGUGAUGCUUGUGGAUACGGCCAUGGAUGGAGAUUUUGAUGCGGAGGAAGCCUGCAAGUUCUUGAAAAUUUCUUUGCUCUGCACCCAAGACGCACCAAAGCUUCGGCCUUCCAUGUCAACAGUAGUGAAGAUGCUGACAGGAGAGGUUGCUGUGAACGACGACAUCACAAAGCCUGGUCUCAUCUCUGAUUUCAUGGACCUCAAAGUGAGGAGCAAUGACGACAAGCCCAGCACUUACAACACGGUAUCAUCUGGUUCAGACCAGAAUGAUCAUUCAAUGUCAUCAGGAAACACUAGUUGUGCCACCAUCACCUUCACCGAUAUCUCUUACCGGAGCUGAUGGCUUUCCUCCUGGAUAAAUAGUCCUCGUUCGUUGUUUGUUUUUUUAAUGGUGAGAAACCUUUGUAUGUAAAUUCUGUGUAGCCAUGCCUUGUAUGUAUUAUAGUGGGUAUAAAGAGUGAUACGGUGGAAGCCUUUGAAGAGGCAUCAACACAAAUGUUGUGAUAGCUUUUUACAGGAUUUCGAAGAACAGGCAAUAAUUUUGAUGAUACAGAAAGGAUAAUUUUUCUUGUUAA